AUGGGGAUUCAUUUGCCUUCAAUGAUGCUUCAAGCAAUGAAAACUAUCCAAAGAUGGUCGCAUUCUAAGCACCAGAAAGGUCAUUUUGCUGUCUACGUCAGUGACGAAGAGAAGAACAAGAGAUUCGUGGUCCCGAUAUCUUAUUUGAAGCACCCUUUGUUCCAGGCCUUGUUGAAUCGAGCUGAAGAAGUGUUCGGUUUCGAUCAUCGGCCGGUGGGCGGUCUCAUUGUUCCUUGCGGCGAAGAUGAGUUCAUUAAGCUCACUUCACGUAUAAACCAUGCAUGA